GCGCGGGGGGCUACAACAUCAAUGAUUGAAUGCCUCCAGGUUAAUACCUGUACCUCGUAGGGAGUGCCCACAAUACCUUCUUAGUGUCUCCCCCACCUGCGGAAUCGGCAACCGGCAGUUUAGAUAUUCAAACCGUACAUCUUCAACACUUCCUACCGACCAAUUCUCCCGUUCAACUGCCUACUAUAGGUACUAACCAUGUGUAUUAGUAGGUAGUUGGGGUGCAUAAAAUGCUGUUGGUAUGGGGUAGUUAUAUGGAUCUACAAGCCACAUCCUCUAUAUCAUUUCUCAUUAUUCCUAAUGUAAUGUAUUUUACCUAGCUAUAAGUCGACACAGCUUCUUUCUUCCUAUCUCGUCCUUUAUUUCACCUUACUUCACAGCUACCAGUCAAGAGAGCAGUCAAGAUGUCGCUUCCCAAAGGUCUCUCCUCCAUUCUCGCCAAAUCCCCUUCCGAUGUCGUCGUCCUCUCAUCCCUUCGCACGCCCAUAUGUCGUUCAUAUCGCGGUCAACUAAAAGACGCUUACCCCGAAGAGCUACUCUCCGUCGUCCUACGCGCCACCCUCGAUGCCAAUCCGAACCUUCCGCCCGAAAAAAUCAACGAUGUAGCUGUUGGUGUUGUGCUCUCAGAACUCGGUGGCAGCAAAGCAGCCCGAAUGGCCAUGAACCACGUCGGCUUCCCCCACACCACCUCCCUCUACACCGUAAACCGCGCAUGUAGCAGCAGCUUGCAGAGCAUAGCGAAUAUCGCAGCCCAGAUUCGCACGGAUAUGAUUGGCGUCGGCAUCGCGGCGGGCAUGGAGAGCAUGACGCGGAAUUACGGCUCCAAAGCCAUUCCCGUCAACUCGUGGCCCGAGCUAGUCGAUAGUCCGGUCAAGGAUGCCCGCGAUUGCAUCAUGCCCAUGGGUCUCACAAGCGAGAACGUCGCCAAGCGGUACAAGGUCGGCCGCCAAGAGCAGGACGAGUUCGCCGUGGAGUCGCACCGCCGCGCCGCCAAGGCCCAGGCCGAAGGCUCGUUCGCGCAGGAGAUCGUGCCCGUGCGCACACGCUUCCAGCCGGUGGACAAGCAGGGCAACAAGGUCGACGAGGAGAAGCUGAUCGAGGUGACCCAGGACGACGGGAUCCGCGCCACGGCGACGUUGGAGGGCCUCGCGAAGCUCAAGCCCGCGUUCAAGGAAACCGGCACCAGCACGGCCGGCAACUCGAGCCAGGUCAGCGACGGCGCGGCCGCCACCCUGCUCAUGCGCCGCAGCACCGCCACCGAGCUCGGCCUCACCUCCAGCAUCAUGGGAAAGUUCGUCGCUGCCACCACCGCGGGCUGCGCCCCCGACGAGAUGGGCAUCGGCCCCGCCAUCGCGAUCCCCAAGCUUUUAGAUCAGCUCGGCAUCGAGACAAAGGACGUCGAUCGCUGGGAGAUCAACGAGGCGUUCGCGAGUCAGGCGAUCUACUGCGUAAGAGAGCUGGGGCUGAAGAAGGACUGGGAGGAGGGCAAGGUCAACCCCGAUGGUGGCGCGAUUGCGCUGGGACACCCGCUGGGUGCGACGGGGGCGAGGCUCGCGAGUACGCUGAUGCAUGGGUUGGGCAGGACGGGGGGCGAGGUGGGGGUUGUGAGUAUGUGUAUUGGGACGGGGAUGGGGAUGGCGGGGUUAUUUGUUAGGGAGUAGAUGUCUACUGAUGUACUUGCCUAGAGUAUUUGAGGGUCUAUACGAUAUCGACGACGACGAUGACGAUGGUGAUAGUACCUUGUACAUAUUGGGUCAAAUCAAAAAUUAUGCGUACUACAAAAAUUUAGGUGCACAGCUACAUUCCUGGCAUUCUUUGUUCCCGGCGUUGGGACUUGGG